AGCCUCGGCCUCGAGUGGGCUCAGAGCCCCAGCCCCGGGUGCGAUCAGAGCCCCGGCCCCGGGUGGGGGCAGCGCCGCAGCCCCGGCCCCGCCGCGCAUCCCCCGCGCCGCUGGGGGAGGAGCCGCCCGCGCCGCUCCAGCCCCUUCCCGCGGCGGGCCCGGGGCUCCCCCCGCCGCCGCGCCGCGCGGAGGGGCCGGCGGAGAGCCGCGGAAGUGCACUUGCUGCAGCCAUUUCCUGCUCUUUGUGCGGGCGGCGCGCUGCAUCCCCCGCGGAGCAUCCCGCGGCGCCGGGCAUCGCCCCCGCGGAGCGCAGCAGGGGAACUGAACAUCCACAACCAUGACGACUCACGUCACGCUCGAGGAUGCCUUGUCCAACGUGGACUUGCUGGAGGAGCUGCCCCUGCCAGACCAGCAGCCAUGCAUCGAGCCUCCUCCCUCCUCCAUCAUGUACCAGGCUAAUUUUGACACGAACUUUGAAGACAGGAACGCCUUUGUGACAGGCAUUGCCAGGUACAUCGAGCAGGCCACGGUGCACUCCAGCAUGAAUGAGAUGCUGGAAGAAGGCCACGAGUACGCCGUGAUGCUCUACACGUGGAGGAGCUGCUCACGAGCAAUCCCUCAGGUGAAAUGUAACGAACAGCCAAACCGAGUGGAGAUUUAUGAGAAAACAGUGGAAGUCCUGGAGCCAGAAGUCACCAAGCUCAUGAAGUUCAUGUAUUUUCAGCGCAAGGCCAUCGAGCGCUUCUGCAGCGAGGUGAAGCGCCUGUGCCACGCUGAGAGGAGGAAGGACUUCGUGUCCGAGGCCUAUCUCCUCACCCUGGGCAAGUUCAUCAACAUGUUUGCUGUCCUGGAUGAGCUGAAGAACAUGAAGUGCAGCGUCAAAAAUGAUCACUCUGCUUACAAAAGAGCUGCCCAGUUCCUGCGGAAGAUGGCAGACCCCCAGUCCAUCCAAGAGUCCCAGAACCUCUCCAUGUUCCUGGCAAACCACAACCGCAUCACCCAGUGUCUGCACCAACAGCUAGAGGUUAUCCCUGGCUAUGAGGAGUUGCUGGCUGAUAUUGUCAACAUCUGUGUGGAUUACUAUGAAAACAAGAUGUAUCUCACCCCCAGUGAGAAGCACAUGCUCCUAAAGGUGAUGGGGUUUGGCCUGUAUCUCAUGGAUGGGAAUGUCAGCAACAUUUACAAGUUGGAUGCCAAGAAGAGAAUCAACCUUAGCAAAAUAGACAAAUUCUUCAAGCAGCUGCAGGUGGUUCCUUUAUUCGGCGAUAUGCAGAUAGAACUGGCCAGAUACAUUAAGACCAGUGCUCACUAUGAGGAGAACAAAUCCAAGUGGACGUGCACUCAGAGCAGCAUCAGCCCCCAGUACAACAUCUGUGAGCAGAUGGUGCAGAUCCGGGACGACCACAUCCGCUUCAUCUCGGAGCUGGCGCGCUACAGCAACAGCGAGGUGGUCACUGGCUCAGGCCUGGACAGCCAGAAGUCAGAUGAGGAGUACAGGGAGCUCUUUGACCUGGCUUUACGGGGGCUGCAGCUGCUGUCCAAGUGGAGUGCCCACGUCAUGGAAGUGUACUCUUGGAAGCUGGUUCAUCCCACAGAUAAAUUCUGUAACAAGGAUUGCCCAGGAACAGCCGAAGAGUAUGAGAGAGCCACCCGCUACAACUACACCAGUGAGGAGAAGUUUGCCUUUGUGGAAGUGAUUGCCAUGAUCAAAGGCCUGCAAGUGCUGAUGGGGCGGAUGGAGAGCGUCUUCAACCAGGCCAUCCGCAACACCAUCUACGCGGCCCUGCAGGACUUUGCCCAGGUGACCCUGAGGGAGCCUCUCCGACAGGCUGUCAGGAAGAAGAAGAAUGUUCUGAUCAGCGUCCUUCAGGCGAUUCGGAAGACGAUCUGUGACUGGGAGGGAGGUCGAGAGCCUCCAAAUGAUCCUUGCCUGAGGGGUGAGAAGGAUCCCAAAGGUGGAUUUGAUAUUAAAGUCCCACGACGAGCCGUAGGACCAUCAAGCACACAGCUUUACAUGGUGAGGACCAUGCUGGAGUCCCUCAUAGCAGACAAGAGUGGCUCGAAGAAGACUCUGAGGAGCAGCUUGGAUGGGCCGAUAGUCUUGGCCAUUGAGGAGUUCCACAAGCAGUCCUUCUUCUUCACCCACCUUCUCAACAUCAGUGAAGCCCUGCAGCAGUGCUGUGACCUGUCCCAGCUCUGGUUCCGGGAGUUCUUCCUGGAGCUGACCAUGGGCCGCCGCAUCCAGUUCCCCAUCGAGAUGUCCAUGCCCUGGAUCCUCACAGACCAUAUUUUGGAAACCAAAGAACCCUCCAUGAUGGAGUAUGUGCUGUACCCCCUGGACCUCUACAAUGACAGUGCAUACUAUGCUUUGACCAAGUUCAAAAAGCAGUUCCUGUAUGAUGAAAUUGAAGCUGAAGUGAAUUUGUGCUUUGAUCAAUUUGUGUACAAGCUGGCAGAUCAGAUCUUUGCCUAUUACAAAGCAAUGGCUGGCAGUGUUCUACUGGACAAACGUUUCCGGGCUGAGUGCAAGAAUUACGGGGUGAUCAUUCCGUACCCACCAUCCAACCGCUACGAAACACUGCUCAAGCAGAGGCACGUGCAGUUGCUGGGCAGAUCAAUCGACCUGAACAGGCUCAUUACCCAGCGCAUCUCUGCAGCCAUGUACAAAUCGUUAGACCAGGCCAUCAGCCGCUUCGAGAGCGAGGACCUGACAUCCAUCGUGGAGCUGGAGUGGCUCCUGGAGAUCAAUCGCCUGACUCACAGGCUGCUGUGCAAGCACAUGACUCUGGACAGCUUCGAUGCCAUGUUCCGCGAGGCCAACCACAACGUGUCCGCGCCCUAUGGGCGCAUCACCCUCCACGUCUUCUGGGAGCUCAACUUCGACUUCCUGCCCAACUACUGCUACAACGGGUCCACCAACAGGUUUGUGAGGACAGCAAUCCCCUUCACACAGGAGCCCCAGCGGGACAAGCCAGCCAAUGUCCAGCCCUAUUACCUCUACGGGUCCAAGCCUCUCAACAUCGCCUACAGCCACAUCUACAGCUCCUACCGCAACUUUGUGGGGCCCCCGCACUUCAAGACCAUCUGUCGGCUCCUGGGCUACCAGGGCAUCGCCGUGGUCAUGGAGGAGCUGCUGAAGAUCGUCAAGAGCCUGCUCCAAGGCACCAUCCUGCAGUAUGUGAAGACUCUGAUUGAAGUGAUGCCCAAGAUCUGCCGCUUGCCAAGACAUGAGUAUGGCUCUCCAGGAAUCCUGGAGUUUUUCCACCAUCAGCUGAAGGACAUCAUUGAGUAUGCAGAGCUGAAGACUGAUGUUUUCCAGAGCCUCAGAGAAGUGGGCAAUGCCAUUCUCUUCUGCCUCCUUAUCGAGCAGGCUUUGUCCCAGGAAGAAGUUUGUGAUUUGCUGCAUGCUGCUCCCUUCCAAAAUAUUUUGCCCAGGGUCUACAUCAAAGAAGGAGAACGCUUGGAGGUGCGCAUGAAGCGUCUCGAAGCCAAGUAUGCCCCACUCCACCUGGUCCCCCUAAUAGAGAGGCUGGGCACUCCGCAGCAAAUCGCCAUCGCCCGGGAGGGGGACCUGCUGACCAAGGAGCGGCUGUGCUGCGGGCUCUCCAUGUUCGAGGUGAUCCUGACGCGCAUCCGCAGCUACCUGCAGGACCCGGUGUGGCGCGGGCCGCCGCCCACCAACGGCGUCAUGCACGUGGACGAGUGCGUGGAGUUCCACCGCCUCUGGAGCGCCAUGCAGUUCGUGUACUGCAUCCCCGUGGGCACCAACGAGUUCACGGCCGAGCAGUGCUUUGGAGAUGGUCUGAACUGGGCAGGCUGCUCUAUCAUUGUUCUCCUUGGACAGCAGCGGCGCUUUGACCUCUUUGACUUCUGCUACCACCUGCUGAAGGUGCAGAGGCAGGAUGGGAAGGAUGAGAUCAUAAAAAACGUGCCCUUGAAGAAGAUGGCAGACAGGAUCAGGAAGUACCAGAUCCUGAACAACGAGAUCUUCGCCAUCCUGAACAAGUACAUGAAGUCGGUGGAGACAGACAGUUCCACGGUGGAGCACGUGCGCUGCUUCCAGCCCCCCAUCCACCAGUCGCUGGCCACCACCUGCUAGUGUGGACACAAACCCUGCGUGGGCAGGAGCAGGACUGGACCCAAACCAGCUGGGAGGGGUGAACUCGAUGGUGUGAGGCUGACAGGGGGUGAGGCUGGGUCUGCCUCUGCACAGAGGACCUCCCCUCGCCCCGUUUGAGUGCAUGUUCCUCUGUGCCAUCCCUGUGGUCGGUUUUACUCGUAGCUUUCGGACUUGAGGGGGGGUGGGGGUGGGUGGGCAAAAUGUGCUUUUCUUCCAUGGAGUGGUCUGGUUUUCCCUGUGGUUCCCCCGGUGCACACAUCGCUCUGAAGCCAUACUGCAGCCUGAGGGGAGAGCCCCACGCUCCCUCCGUGGGGGCAGCGGGACAAAUCAACACCCCUGGGACAAUGUGCCACAGCCACGGAGCAGGAGGGGCUGGGGACAGUCCCUGACCCGCUCCUGGAGGGGAGGAAGGGAUGAGGGCAGGGUGGUACCCACGGCAGCGGCCUGAGGAUCGAGUGCUGGGUGCAGAGGAGCCCUGCCAGGCUGGCCGUGCAUGGAUGCCAGGCUGGGCUGAGCUUUGUGCUCUCUGCUCUGUCCCUUUCCAGCACUUGCAGGGGGAGCUUGGGCCUGUGGGCUUGAGGAUGGCAAUGAUGCAGUCACCAGAUAACUCCCCAGCACUUCAGAGAGCUGGGGAAAGAAAACAGCCUGGCUUUUUCCAUGCUAUGGGACAUCCACUUACUUUAAUGCAGAGGUUCUCCCCUGAAGACACAUCUUCCAUGGACUAAAGCAGAUUUCCUGUGGACUACAGAAGAGACUGCAUUCAUGUGAAUGUGCUCUCAAACAUAUUAAUUUGGGUGGAAAUAAUGACUGGUGCUGAUAGGAUGCAGGUGUAGUUACCUUGAACACACAGGAUCUUUGUUCUUCAGCCAAGGGUGAGAGCCAGGGUGUGAAAUCUGUUCUGGGAUGCUAUUUUCCCUUGGUUUAGACAAAUUCCUAGUGGCACAGUGAACAAAAACCUUUCCCCAGAGAAUGCUGACUACCAGCAGGGCUUAGGAAACUUCCCAUCACUCAGAUAUUACAUGAUUGUUUAGAAAAGAUAAAAUACAGGAUAAGCUUUAAAAAUACCCAGAAUUUUCCAAGUUCAGAGAGAACACUGGAGUCUGUUUCCUUUUCCAAUUCAGUUAAUCUAAGAUCCCUGGAUAUUGAGAGUAAAUUCAGGUGGAACUUCAAGGAGGAUUUCAUAACUCCUGGUCUAACCUGCUUUCCCUCAGUAGUGUCACAGGAGUGAUACAAAAGUUUGUGCUUGAUGUGAAGGAGAUCAAACCAUGUGUUCCAAGAGAAAAUGAUGCCAGCCUCACCACUGGCAGUGUUUCCUCAGCUCUAGCCUGGCCACAGCAAAAAUUGCUGCAUCCAGAUGUGAUAAUAUAUGUUUGUUCCAUGCAUUUCAUCAUGCCUUGUAAACUGCAUGCUGUUACAGAUGUUAAAAAGGCAGAGCCUGGGCAUUUAUUCUCUCAGAGGGAACAUAUAAUUAAUAAGUAGAAAUAUCCCAGCUGGAAUUUUUGUUUAGGAAACAACAGCCAGCAAACUACUGCUGGCAAGAGGAGAUCUUGGUGUGUGGCAUGAAUUUGUGCUCCCAGACUGUCAUCACCUACUCCCUUGGCAAUCAAUAAAUACCCCACAUGCGAUAAGUGCUGGACAUUUUCACACCUUGAGUUCCCUUUAAUUACUCAGACAAGACAUUUUCAGCUGCAGGGAGGAAAUUGUGCAGCACAGUAAUCUGAAAGUAAAAUGAAAUCUCAGGAAAUCUGGCUGAAAUGUUGGAGUGGCAGGGAGGGACCCAGCCCAGCAAGGCGAGUUCUUUCCUCCGUGUUGUGAGGAAGAGCAGCAGAGGAGCAUCUGGGGAUUGCUGUCUGCUUACACUUCCACUAAGGAUGUCAGUUCUGGCAUUCCACCAUGUUCUAACACUUCUACACUACUGGAGUGAGCGUAUCUAGAGAUAUAUAUAUAUUUUUAAAAGGAAGAGAAGAAUCAAGCACUUUUAUUUUUUGUGGAAAACAAGAUGUGAGGAAGAUAGAUCCGACCAGGAUCCUAUUUUUCCUGACCUGAAUAGUAAGUGCUUGUUAUUUUGGUACGAUAAUCUUGCUGAAAAGUUGGCACAAGUCCCUGUCUGGCUUUCAGAGCCACCUCUAGGCACAGCACAAAUUAAGUGUCCUACUACAUCUAUGGGAUGCUGGAGUCCUCUUGGAAACCAGCAUGAACAAGAAGUUGCUACAAAAGAAUGAACUGUACCAAAUGGCCCAGUCUCAGCUACCUAGACAGAAUGGGAUAUAGGUGAAUUUAAAUCCCUGUUUUAAUCAGUUUAGGUCUGGAGUUAGUCAUGAGAUAUUUCACCUAAUAAUCUGUAAAUCUCUUUGCAUUCUUUUCCUGUAGUUUUGCUGUAAUUCCCUGAAGCUUGCAAGACACAGUUGCACUGGAAAGUUGUACAGGCUGUACUUGAAAGAGUUGAAAUCUAUUCGUUGCCCUGGGAUUUGCUAGCAAAAAUGUAAAGUCCCUCCAGAUUCCAAGGGAUUAAAUGUUUUGAGCAAAAUGUCAAAGUGCAUGAACAAAAUGUAAAGUGUUUUGACUGUAGAGUGUAUGCAGAUCUUUUACCUUGUUGCUCAAGUAGUAUGAGGUGUCAGCUAGUAAUAAUCACAGUCCUAAUUUCUGAGAUUUGAUGUUACUGCCCUUUGAUUAUCUCAAGGAUUAAGAUACUCCUUAGCUUCAGUUUUCUCACCCUCCUUGUCUGUGUAUGAGAAAGGUUCAGGCUUAGGUCUUUAAACAACUCCAUGAAAAUGGAUGGGUUUUUUUUCACUUACUUUUUUAAAUGUCAUAAUUGUUAAUGGAAAUAGGGAGCUAAUUUCUAAGAGUAGGGCUAAAUAAUACCAGAUUGCCAGGGGGACAGGCAUAUUCCCCACACCUGCAGGCUUUCUGCCAAGUUUGGGAGUCUUCCUUGCAGAUGUUCUUCAGUCCUGUAUUUUUCAGUCUUUUAUAAUCUGCAGACUUCUAAAGUUGUUUUCUUAGGGAAGUGUUGACCCCUGUGUGAAUCCUCCCAAGCCCACUGACAAUGGGCUUGCUUUUUCAUUUAUAUUUUCCUGCCUAUGCUAAAGUAGUCUGCAAACUCCCCAGCACUCACCAGCCACCACUUGGAAUGUCUACUCCAAAGACAAACUGUUGGCUCCAUACAGGAAUUACAGGGGGAGAAAGGAUGGCCUGUGUCAUGAAUGAAGUCAGGCUGGGUUCUUCUAAUGUUCCCUCUGGCUUUGCCAUUAUAAAAUGUGACUUUUCUGGGAUGAUGCUGCACUUGACUUGCAAUGCUACAAUAGAAAGGGGAAGCAAACUAGAUCAAAUUCAGCACUUCAGUGGUUUUCCUUUUAAAUUCUGACAGCACUUAGGAGAAUUGAACAACAUUAUUCCUUUUCCUCCUGCAUUACUCCAGUCCAGUAGGUUCGUGUGUAUUGGAGAACAAAAGAAAAGAAUCUAAGAUGUAAAAAAACAAGGAAAUAUUCUCAAAAACUGUUGUCAAAUGUACCAUAUUUGUAUGAAAAGCUGCUUGAGUUAUUUUGUACAAUGAAUUUUAUUUAUGGUGAGGUAUAUUUACGCUUGUGAUCUGAUACAGUGUUAAAUUUUUGAUCCAUAUUUGCUAUGCAGCUGAAGAUGAUAUUUUGGUUUUGUAUUAUUAUUUUUUGCUGUUGUUCUAAAAUUCAGCCAACAGAAGCUUCCAUCUCCAUUAGAAGUGCUUCUGCAAGAGUAAAGCAUCUGAUACCUGGUGAUAUGUCCCUUAACACAGCAACCAACAGUGUGUACAACAAAUGUGGGAUGACUUUUGUGAUGAAGAGAAAUAAAAAUUGGGCUCAUUGAUGAA